UUUAGCAUAUAAAUAUAGUGUAAGGAAGGGACAUUCAUUCAUUCAUCACCUUCUUUUAUAUAUCAUCUCAUCAAAGCACUUGUUGGUUUCAGCUUUAAUUUCCUUCCUUCCCAACAACAUGGACUUUCCUCUUCUACUACCCAUCUUUGCUAUACUUAAUUUAGUUGUGGUAGCAACCCAUGGUGGUGCCUUAUCUCCUGAACUUUACUGGAAGUCAGUGCUUCCCACAACACCCAUGCCAAAAGCCAUCACUAAUAUCUUGCACCCUGAUUGGAGGGAAGAGAAAAGCACAUAUGUGGGUGUAGGGAAAGGUGGUGUGAACGUGCAAGCAGGGAAAGGAAAGCCCGGGGGCACUGCAGUCAACGUUGGCCACGGAGGGGUCCACGUUAACACCGGAAAAGGGACCAAUGUCAACGUUGGUGGCAAAGGUGGAGUUAGCGUCCAUGCCCCAGGGAAGCGUGGUGGUACAAAUGUGAAUGUAGGUGGAGGAAGAGGAGUAUCAGUGAACACAGGCCAUGGUCAUAAGGGAAAGCCUGUGUAUGUUGGAGUUGGACCACAUUCUCCAUUUCUUUACAACUAUGCUGCUUCUGAGACCCAGUUGCAUGAUGACCCCAACGUCGCACUCUUCUUCUUACAAAACGAUUUGCAUCCCGGAACCAAAUUCAACCUCCACUUUACCAAGACCACCGACGCCGCCGCCACCUUCUUGCCCCGCGAAGUGGCAGACUCGCUACCCUUUUCAUCCAACAAAGUGGAAGAUGUUUUCAACAAGUUCUCCGUGGAGCCUCAAUCAGAUGAAGCUAAUGCCAUCAAGAACACCAUCAAGGAAUGCGAGGAGCCAGGGAUUAAAGGUGAAGAGAAGUAUUGUGCAACUUCAUUAGAAUCUAUGGUAGAUUUCAGCACUUCGAAACUUGGAAAAGAUGUUGAUCUAGUGUCUACCGAAAUAAGCAAAGAAACAAAGCUGCAGAGUUACAACGUUGCACCCGGUGUGAAGAAGAUAAACCAUGGGAAUAAAGCUGUUGUGUGCCACAAACAGAAUUAUCCUUAUGCUGUGUUUUAUUGCCACAAGACAGAAACUAUCAUGGCUUUCAAGGUGCCUUUGGAGGGUGCUGAUGGAAGCAGAGUUAAGGCCGCCGCCGUCUGCCACACCGAUACCUCUGGAUGGAACCCCAAGCAUUUGGCUUUUCAAGUGCUGAAAGUUAAGCCUGGAACACCAGUGUGCCACUUCCUUCCUGAGGAUCAUGUUGUCUGGGUUUCCAACUAGAUGUGCCAUUUAAUUUGUGUAAGCUUAUGAAUAAUAACUAGUAUCAUAUUACCGGUGUAACAUUUGCUAUAGAACUUGAUUUGAAUGUUUUUUUUUUUUUAGAAUUCGUAUAGUAGUUAUCUGCAUAAAAAUGUUUUUACGUAAAAAUGAUAGUUAAGAUCGAUAUUAACACGUUGUAAUUUCAAUAAUUAUUGGCUAUCAUUUUUACACAUAAAAAUAUUUUUAUGUAAAUAGCUACCAUUACAUAUAUAUAAUCUUGAUUGCUAGUGUUUUGUGUGGUUUUCUUGCACAUUACCUAGCUUAUUAUUAUGUAGAAUUUAGAUAUGAUAUAUAGUAUAUGAUAUAUCAUCAUAUGUAUUUUAUGAAUAUUUAUACUUCAUAUUAUAUGAUAUAUUAAUUAUUGUGGCUUCA